AUGUCGGCCGCGCCAGACGACAUCGCCAUUAUCGGAUUUUCAUAUAAACUUCCACAAGAUGUCAAGGAUGAUACGUCUUUCUGGACGGUUCUCGAGGAACAACGGAACCUCAGAACGGACUGGCCGGAGUCUCGCGUUAAUCCAGACUCAUUUGUGAACCACAAACUCAUUAAAUUCCCUACUCGGGGUGCGCAUUUUCUUAACGAGGACAUUGGAGGUUUCGAUGCGCCAUUCUUCUCGGUCACGGCGCAGGAGGCGGCGUCAAUGGAUCCUUUGCAACGAUGGACAUUGGAGGAAUCUUAUAGGGCUUUCGAGAACUCCGGGAUCCCAGUUGAAACCCUAAAGGGCUCGCGCACCGCCGUCUUCUCAGCUUCCAUGAUAGAAGACUACGUGCGCAUGAGCGCCAUGGAUCCCGAGAAUGUAGAGCGCACGGCAGCCACCGGCAGCUCUGUAGCCAUCCAUGUCAAUACCGCCUGCUCAGGGAGUAUGUCCGCAAUUGAUAUGGCUUGCAAAUCGAUUCGGAGUGGCGAUGCCUCAGCUGCCCUCGUUACUGGAGCCAAUAUGCUCCUUGAUCCGUCCGAUUUUCAGAUCUUGUCGAGCCAGAACUUUCUUUCGUCCGACAGCCUCUCCUAUAGCUUUGACCACCGCGCAAACGGAUACGCCAGAGGCGAAGGGACCCUCGCUCUGGUCCUUAAGCCCGUAUCUGCCGCGAUAGAGAACGGUGACAUGAUUCGCGCUGUUAUUCGCUCGACAGGGUCGAACCAGGAUGGUCAUACCCCAGUACUAACGCAGCCGAGUCCUCAAUCACAGGAGGAAUUGAUUCGUCACGUCUACAAGCAGGCUAAUCUUCCCCUCGAUGAGACGCGUUAUGUUGAGGCACACGGAACUGGAACUCCCGUGGGAGACCCGAUCGAGAUGAGAGCUAUUGGGCGGGUUUUCCGAAAAUGUCGAUCGGCCGAAGAGCCUCUUUACGUUGGCUCUGUGAAAGCAAAUAUUGGCCAUCUGGAAGGGGCGAGCGGCCUCGCGAGCUUAAUCAAAUCGAUUUGUAUGACCCUCUCUCUUCCUACUGUCCUGAACCUUGGAGUACUCAUUUUCGCACCAGUGACCCUGGAAAAAGGAAUCAUCCCCCCCAACGCUCUCUUGGAAAAAGUGAACCCCGCGAUUGAUGUAAAUUUCUAUCAUACAGAGGUCCCUUCACGAAGUAUACCUUGGCCAACCGCGGGCCUACGUCGAGUAUCCGUGAAUUCGUUCGGAUUCGGAGGCUCCAACACGCACGUCAUUCUCGACGAUGCCCUUCAUUACAUGCAGGAGCGUGGCCUAGCUGGCAAUCAUUGCACAGCCUCUAUCAAGCGUGCUUCAACAGACGGCGUGGUCACCACGAGUAAUGGGGAUGCUCGGGAUAAUGGAAACGGACAUGACUACGAAAAUGGCCAUGUUGAUGAAACCGCACACGCCAAUGGCACCACGUGCACAAAUGGAUCAGCUCAUGCGAACGGGGAUGUCUCAGCCAACGGAACCGUCCAUGUAAAUGGCAACGGCGUUACCAACGGCAACAGCAAAGCCAUGGAAGCCGCAUCAACCCUCCCACGGUUGCUUGUAUGGACCGCCGCUGACGAGAAUGCGGUGAAACGCACGAUUGAAGGCUACAAGUCCUUCUACGCUAAAAGUGUGGCCAGUGACCCAGAAAAGCUCGAUCGCCUGGCCUUCACGCUAGGCGCCAGGCGAAGCAAAAUGCUGUGGCGAGCCUUUGCAGUUGUCACGAACGAAGAAGAGAAAGCUCUGUCUCCAGCAAAGCCAAUUCGAAGCUCGACUGAGACCGGCCUUGCUUUUGUGUUCACGGGCCAGGGGGCCCAAUAUGUUAGUAUGGGCUGGGAUUUAGUUCAGUACCCCGUGUUUGCAGAGACUCUAAGACAGGUCGAUGACAUCUACGCCAGUCUGGGAUGCAAGUGGUCAAUAUUCGAUGAGCUCCGCUGUAAGGAGAACAUUGACCAGCCCGAAUACAGUCAGCCCCUAUCUACAGCUAUACAAAUCGCUCUGGUGGAUUUAUUAGAGAGCUUCGGUAUCACCCCGAAAGCUGUUGUCGGACACUCAUCCGGCGAAAUUGCUGCAGCGUAUACUAUCGGUGCUUUGUCUUUAACUUCGGCGUGUAAAGUCGCAUAUUUCCGGGGCCAGCUGACCGGAGAGCUGAGAGCCUCCAGCACCACUUCUCCAGGGGCUAUGCUAUCGAUAAACGUGGCCGAAGCCAAGGUGCCAGAAUACCUGAACAGCGUUAGAGAUGCAGCUGCCAGUGAUGUCACUGUAGCCUGCAUCAAUAGUCCCCUCAACUGCACACUGUCCGGUCCUGAGCAGGCAAUCAAUGCAAUUAAAGCGCAAGCAGAUCAGGACGGUAUUUUCGCUGCGAAGCUCAAGACUGGAGUUGCAUACCACUCACCGUCAAUGCGUGCCAUCGCAGAUGAGUAUCUGUCGCUGGUCGGUAGCCUCGAGGGCGUUGACCGUCAAACGCGUAAAGCGGCAGGCCUCAUUCCGAUGGUUUCCUCGGUGUCUGGUAUGAGUAUCUGCCCGGAAAAUUUGGCCACAGCGCAGUACUGGGUCGACAAUCUUGUUUCUCCAGUUCGAUUUGCAGACGCCAUUCAGUUGCUCACGCAGAAGUCAUCAACACUGAAGGUUGGGCUGGGAAGUAUCACAGACCUAGUUGAGAUUGGUCCCCACCCGGCGCUCAAACGGCCAGUGAACGACACGAUUCAACAGGAAGGCAACCGAAAGAAGCAAAUCCGGUACGAAAGUGUGCUUCAUCGGUCCCAUUCAUCAUUUCAAACUACUCUCGAGCUUGCUGGACGGCUAUUCUGCUUCGGACACCCAGUGUCUGUCCCAGGAGUUAACCAACAAUCAACCGAGACACGGCCUUCGUUUCUUGUUGAUUGCCCCGAAUAUCCUUUUGAUCGGACAAGUCGCUAUUGGGCUGAGUCGCGUAUUGUUCGGGAUUUCAGAUUACGAGGGACAGUCCAAGGGGAGACCCUUGGGGUCCGAACGUCGGAUUGGAAUCCUUUGGAACCUCGGUGGAGGAAUUUCUUGAGUAUCGAAUCAACGGCAUGGACCGAAGACCACAGGAUCAGCGACACAGUCCUCUACCCGGCAGCGGGAAUGCUUAUCAUGGCCGUUGAGGCAGCCCAACAGAUGGUUCCUACCGAUCGCAUGGUCCGGGGCUACCUCGUGAAGCAAAUAGAGUUUAUGAGCCCCAUCAUUGUGCCGAAAGCUUGGGAGGAGCGAACCGAAACCCAGGUUCGUUUGAGGCCGGUAAAAGGAUCGGAAAAUGACAAGUCGCCCCAGUUCGACAUCGCCAUUUUUUCAUAUUCACGGGGCCAGUGGACAGAAUGUUGCGAUGCGAGCAUCCAAAUUGAAUAUGAAGACUCGGUGCCGCUCCACAACGGGAUGACCGACGAGGCCAUACACAGCCGAUUCAAACAAGCGAACGAAUCUUGCGGCCGCCCAAUCGACUCACGCGCCUUGUACCGCGACGCAGCUGAUAUUGGCCUCCAAUACGGACCGACGUUCAAGCGAUUGGAAGACGUCUGCUGGGAUGGCGAAAAGAACGCCAUGGGACGCGUCGAUGUCAACAAGCCGAUAUUUGAGACCAGCAGUUUGGUGCACCCAGCGGUGUUGGAUCAGGCCUUCAUGGUACUGCGGGCCAGCGCAGGCCAGCAGCCAGCAGCCAACAUUCCUGUUCGCCUAGUGGACGCGUGGCUUGCGCCUUCCGGCUGGCAGCAUCCACAGAAUAGCUCCAUUCAAUGGCUUGCGACUUCGAAUGUGACUGCACGCGGCGAUCGUGGACUAGGAGAGCAGGGCAGCCUUUAUGCUCUUGCCGAGGAUGGAACCAUUCUGUGCCAUGUUCGGCAGGCUGUAAUGGCGACUGUGUCAAAGGAGGAUGCCGAAAGAAAAGAAAAAACAUUGAUAUACAGCGUCGAGUGGAAGCCGCAGCUGAGCCUGCUCGAACCCAGCAACCUAUCGCGCUUGUUUCCAGUUGACAGAAGCGUGGAUGAGACUGCAAUGGUGGCCAAUUACACCAAACUCUGCUCAGCGCUGGAUUUUGUCGCUUUGCGCACCCUGAGAGACCUGGACCGCGCUAAGGUUCCCGCAAGCCUAAGCCAGCACGUUGAGUGGCUUGACUUCCACGUCCGUAAGCUGCCGUUAUCCAAGCAAUCGGAAGCAGAGACCAUUAGCGAUUUUCAGAUUGAGGCUCAGCUGUCUGAGUUUGAAAAUGCCAUGCCGACCUGGAAGCUGUUCACUGCAAGUGCACGACGGCUACCGGAUAUCCUAGCAGGAGAAAUCGACCCUCUUGAAGUGGUCUUCAAUUCCGAUUUGGCAGAUACAUUUUAUGGCUCUCUCUUUGAGGAUAUGUGUGCCGAUGGCCGGCUGGCCGGUAUUUUGGACUUGGCCGCUCACGAGAACCCGGCGAUGCAAAUCCUCGAGGUCGGCGCUGGCACCGGAGGUAUGACGGCGCAGGUAUUGGCCGCAUUGGAAGAGCGCGAGAGUCGAACUGGAGCGCCAAGCUUUGCCGAAUACAGCUACACCGAUAUCUCGCCCAUGUUUCUGGAUCGGGCAAGAACCCGCUGGUCCCAGUUGCACACUGAGGGCCGCAUGACCUUCCACACGCUAGACAUGGAUCGAGCGAUCGAGACCCAGGGCUUCAAACCGGCUUCCUACGAUUUGGUAAUUGCGGCUAGUGUCCUGCACGCGACAACGGACCUCGAGGCUGCGAUUCGAAAUGUUCGUGAAGCUGUGAAACCGGGUGGUCGCCUCGUCCUGCUCGAGGCCAUCAACCCGGAUGACGUCGCCGUCAACUUUACCACUGGUCUGGUCCCUGGCUGGUGGAAUGCUCGUGAGGACUGGCGGCCCCAUUCCCCAGCUGUAUCCGAGUCCCUGUGGGAUAUCUGCCUACGCAGCAAUGGCUUCUCAGGCAAUGAUCUGGUCAUCCGAGACUACGAAAGUGAGGAGUGUCACGCCAUGAGCAUUAUUGUGACCACGGCCGUAGAAGAGGCGCCGAAGUCACCGGAGACAAGGCUGAGCUCGGGUCAAUUUGUCACGGUGGUCGAUCGGGAGCAGUCCGAUCAGCAAGUACACUUGGCAAAUUUGGUGCGCAGCCAUCUGGACCCCCAGUGCAUCUUGCCAACCAGUGUCUGUCCGUUUUCUGCGCUGGAGCUCCAGCAGACGCUGGCAGAUUCGGCCAAGAAUGACAUAGUCGUUUGUCUGGCGGAGAUCGACAAGCCCUUGCUGGCCACACUGUCCGAAGAGGACUUUGCAACUCAGCAAUAUUUAACCCAGAAAGCAAGCAAGCUGCUGUGGGUGACAGCUUGGGGCCCAGAUGAUGCGCAAACUCCUCAAUACAACGCCAUUCAAGGCUUCCUGCGCUCGAUCCGCGCCGAACAAUCAGACAGCCAAGUCGUGAGUCUGGCUAUCGAGAAUGAGACUGAUGCUGCUGCACUCGCGCAUUACAUUGCCAAAGUUGUCGAGACCAGCUUUGGAUCGCCGUCAUCCAAGGAAUUGGAGUACAUUGUGCGAGACGGUGUCCUCAUGACAGGCAGGGCGGUCGAAAAUGUGAAUGGUAACAAGACCAUUCAACGGCUUCUCUCGCCACAGCUGGAGUAUAAGCCCUGGGCCAAAACAGGGGCCUUGCAGCUUUCGAUUGGUGUUAAGGGGUCUCUCGACUCAUUACGAUUCGUGCACGAUACCGACUACGAGACCCCCAUUGGCCCUCACGAGGUUGAGAUUGAAGCGCAAGCCUGGGGUUUGAGCGAACGGGACGUUCAGAUUGCUCUUGAUCGAACUGGAGCACAAAAGGAACAGCUGGGAUGGGACUGUGCGGGGGUGGUGACAAGAGUGGGCCGUGAUUGCGAUCCAUCCAUCCAGCCUGGUGACCGUGUUUGCAUGUCAUCUGUUGGAUGUAUGCGCAAAUAUCCUCGCGCGCAUGAGACCGGCGUCAUCCGGAUUCCUCACAACCUGUCGGUCGAGGCCGCCACGUCGAUCCUAUAUCCAGCGCUGACGGCUUACCACGCUCUCAUUAACAUUUGCCAGCUUGAGGAAGGGGACAACGUCCUCAUCCAUUUAGCAGCCAGCGCUGUGGGGCAAGUUGCAGUCCGCAUAGCCCAAAUGCGAGGCGCCCAUGUCUAUGCAACCAGUGCAUCUGCCGAAGAAAAAGAGUUCCUCCUUAAUGUCUUGGAUGUACCUGCAGACAACAUUUUCUCGAGCCAGACUCCUUUGUUCGCGGCAGGCGUGAUACGUGCAACGCAGAGAGAUGGCGUCGAUGUUGUCUUGAAUUCCCUGGUGGGAGAGGAAAUGCUGCAGGCUUCUUGCGAAUGUCUGGCACGCGGUGGACGCUUCAUCCAGGUCAGCCGCGCCGAUACAGCGGCCAACCUAGCCCUUCCAAUGGGGUUGCUUGCCAGGAAUAUCACAUUUUCGGUCGUUGACCCGACACAGCUCCGGCCUAAGGUUUCAGCCAAGCUACUCAAAGUGGUGAUUCGGCUCCUAGGGAAGGGCGAAAUUAAACAUCCGCAGCCGCUGCAAGUUUACAACGCGUCACACGUCGACCAGGCCUUCAAGCAGUUUCAAGAUAAGGAGCUCGCUGGCCGUAUAGUGAUCACCGCGGGUCCCGAAGACGUUAUCCCGCAAUAUAUCCAGGAGCGGUUGUCGUGGAGCUUUGAUGAAAACGCAUCGUACUUGAUUGCCGGCGGAUCUGGCGGUCUUGGCCGAGUCAUCAUACAAUGGAUGGCUGACAGAGGAGCCAAGCACUUGAUCAUCCCAUCUCGCUCAGGUCCAAAAUCCAAAGCUGCUGUGGAGACCAUAGCUCAGCUAAGUGCACGCGGCGUUACUGUUAUUGCCCCUCAAUGCGACGUCUCAGAUGAAGCGAGCCUCUCCCGGGUGCUAGAAGAAUGCGCGAAAACCAUGCCGCCCAUUAAGGGCUGCAUCAACGCGGCAAUGGUCCUCCAAGAUGCCAUCUUCCAAAACAUGCCCUUCGCCAAGUGGGAUUUAACCAUACGGUCCAAGGUACAGACCUCGUCGAAUCUCCAUCAGCUGCUCCCGAGAGACCUGGAUUUCUUCAUCCUUCUUUCCUCUCUCGCCGGUGUUGUCGGUCAGAUGGCUAGUUGCAACUACUCGGCAGGUUGCGCAUUUCAAGAUGCGCUGGCACGCUACCGCGUCACCCAGGGCCAGAAAGCGCUGUCCUUCGACAUUGGCUGGAUGCGCGAUGUCGGAAUCAUCGCCGAGACGGAGUCUUACCAGAACCGACGGCAGGUGGCUGGCGAUCUGAUGCCAGUUGAUGGAGCUGAGCUGCUCGCCCUGUUGGACAUGUGCUGCGACCCAACUGCCCCAACCCCGCUCCCAGCCGACAGCCAGGUGCUAUUCGGCUUACUUACGCCAGCCGAUUGUCUCGCGCAGGGUCGCCCCAUUAAUGCCGUCCUCGACCGGCCUCUCUUGGCCGCAUUCUCAUAUCUUCCUGACUCACGUGCAUCAUCCGGCCAGGGUGGAAACGGCAACGGCGCAAAUGGCACUGCUCUCGACCAGCCAGCAGCCUCGCCCGCAACGCUGUUCCGGCAAUCGACAGACUCGGGCGAGCGUAUUCAGAUUGUCCUUAAGGCUCUGGCGGUCAAAUUGGCACUCGCCAUGUCCAUUUCGCCGGAGGACGUCGAGCCGAGCAAGCCGCUCUCCACUUAUGGGGUCGACUCGCUGAUGGCAGUCGAUCUUCGAAACUGGAUUGGUAAGGAGUUCGGGGCCACCGUGGCUGUGUUUGAGAUUAUGGGUGGUGUGCCGCUGGCGAGUAUUGCUGAUUUGGUGGUUUCGAAGAGCACCGUCAACGAUAGUUGA